CUUAUUUCAUAAUCUAUCAUAUCCUUCGGUAUCAGCCUCUAUAUUCACUAGUACUCUUCCUUAAAAAGCUGCACUUUGACAAGAAGAUAUGGGUGGUUUCACUUUUGCACAGGUUCUUGUCCUGAUCAUUGCGACUGCUUCCAUGUUGGCAGUUAGUACGGCCAACAGAGGUGGCCCCCAUUGGCCUUUCAGAGGUCAUGGCCGCCGCUUCCAUCAGCCAAAAUGUGAAGAUCAAGGUCCCAAGAAAAUCAUCGUCGGCGGGUCUGAGCAGUGGCGCUUCAACUUUACCUACACGGAUUGGGCUCUCACAAAUGGCCCCUUCUUCAUAAAUGAUACUUUAGUUUUCAAGUAUGAUUCACGUCACAGUGUAUACUUACUACCAGACCUUUGGAGCUUCUUGAACUGCGAUUUAAACCGAGCGAAGUUGGUGGGGAAUGUGACACAAGGAGGUGGGAAGGGGUUUGAGUACAAGCUGCAAGAGUGGAAGCCUCACUACUUUGCUUGCGGUGAGCACGAUGGCAUUCAUUGCAAUCUUGGACAGAUGAAGUUCUUUGUGAUGCCAAUGCUCCGCUGCAUGGUGUAAAUAAAUUGAUAUACAUAUAUAUAUAUGGAAACAUAUAAUAUACAGCAAUACUGGCCUACUGAUCAUCUCUAUUUUAAAAGUUUGUGUUUGUAUCAAAUAAUGAGUUUUAAUUAAGUUCUGAAUAAUUGAUAUGAUCAGAGCGAAUAAAUGUACCAGUAGUGUGAC